CCCGCCCACCUGUAAGAGCUGACCGGCUUAGAGAUCCCUGCUGGUCUCCGUCUGGGCUUUGUUCUGCGAUGGACCCGCUGCAGCGUCGCUUCCAGGCCUUUCUGGACCAGCCAGGCUGGCUGGGCGACCUCCUGGGCGGGCUGGAGGCCAGGACCGGCGUUCAGCGCUAUUACCUGGCCACAGGUGUGGUGGCCUUCCUGGGCCUCUACCUGAUGUUCGGCUAUGGGGCCUCCCUCCUCUGCAACCUCAUCGGCUUCGUCUACCCCGCCUAUGCCUCCAUCAAGGCCAUUGAGAGCUCAGCCAAGGAGGACGACACGACGUGGCUGACCUACUGGGUGGUCUAUGGGCUCUUCAGCGUUGCCGAGUUCUUCUCCGACACUUUCCUCUACUGGUUCCCUUUCUACUACGUUGGGAAGAGCCUCUUCCUGGUCUGGUGCAUGGCGCCUGUCUCCUGGAAUGGCUCGCAGGUGCUUUACCGGCAUGUGGUGCGGCCCUGGUUCCUGCGGCACCACCAGACAGUGGACAGUGUCCUCAACGACCUCGGGGGGAGGGCUGCCGCCGUCUCCAAAGAAGUGCUCCAGUCUCUGGUCAACGGCUGAAUCCUUUUGCUGCCAAAGAAAAAGGGGGAGCUUCCAGUUGUUUGUGCAUCCAUUCAUCUUUUCCAAAGAAGGCAUCAAACGGACCUUUCGGGCAACAGAAGACUGAUAUAGAUAGAGAUAUAUAUAUUUGUAAACAACCCAAAACUCCAAAAUAAAAAGAUGCCGAA